UCGGUAUUAAACAAAGAUUUGACUUUGUCAAUGGUAACACUGUCCCUUCUCGCGUUCCGUAUAAUUUUUUACAGCACACGCUGAUAUUCGGCUGCCGGUGUGUUUUCGGCAGCAUGAGUAGAUGUGAGACGUAGACUUCACUGUCACUAUCUGUGAAUUUAUUCUCUGAUCUUGAUGCGGCGGUCAUUUACUCUUUAUAAUGCACCAAAGACAUCUGCCAGCCUCUCCAAACUGGUACUGUUCACGCUGCAGUGACAUAAAUGGAAAGGGAGUACUGGGUUUUGGAGCAAAGAAUACCAUCUAUCUGCUAAAUGUGACGGCAUCCUCUCCAGCAGUAACAGGUGAACUCACUGGGCACACUGAAAGAGUUUCUGGUUUUGCAUUUUGCCCCCAUGAUGGACAAGAGCGCAUUUGUGCAAGCACUUCAGAUGAUAAGACAGUCAAAAUCUGGGAUGCUGGGCAGAAAAUUCUGUUGAAAGAGCACAAUGUCCACCAAAGCACCAUCUCUGCAGUCCACUGGUCUCCGGUGCAGAAACUUCUGCUAGUCACAGGAGAUGAAAAGGGCAUUGUGGUGUGCUAUUGGUUUAGCAGUAAUGACACCCAGAGCUUCUUCCCUGAACCUCGAACAAUCUUCUGCUUAUCCUGUUCCCCACAUGAGGAAAACUACAUCGCAGUGGGGUACAAGGAUGGAAUGAUAGUAGUGAUAGACAUCAGUAAGAAAGGGGAGGUGAUCCAUCGGCUGAGGGGGCAUGAUGAUGAGAUUCACGCAUUGGCAUGGUGUCCUCAACCCAGAGAAGAGCCUCUAUAUGGGCGAUCAGAAGACAAAACAGAUGGAAGCAAUGGGGUGACAGAAGCAGCAGAAAUGGGGUGUUACCUGGCAUCAGGUAGUCGAGAUCAAACCGUGAGGAUAUGGAGCACAGCCAGAGGAAAAGGUGUAAUGACCCUGAAGCUUCCCUUUCUGAAGAGACGAGGAUCAGGAGUUGAUCCAGUGGUGAAGGAAAGACUCUGGCUGACUGUCCAUUGGCCUAAGGGGCAACCUUCACAGAUUGUGUCCAGCUGUUUCAGCGGUGAGAUCAUAAUGUGGGAUCUCAUGAAGUCAGGCAAGCAGAAGUGGAGUCUGCUGGGCAGUUCCUCAGAUGGACAGAAUCACAGCCGUAUCGUCUUCAACAUGAGCUCGUUUCGCUCAGGGGACAGGGAACUUCUGCUCAGUACCUCAAUGGACAGAGAGAUUAAGUGUUGGGACCUGGCAUCUCUGGAAUGCUGUUGGACUCUGCCCACUCUGGGUGGGUUUGUGUACUGUCUCAGCUUUUCUCCAGUGGGCACCGGCUGCCUGGCUCUAGGCAUCGGAGACAGCAUGAUCCGGGUGUGGAACACCUUGUCUAUUCAGAACCAAUAUGACAUCAAGACAUUCUGGCAAGGGAUCAAAUCUAAAGUCACAGCCUUGGCAUGGCAUCCACUAAAAGAGGGCACUUUGGCGUUUGGUACAGAUGACGGUAAAGUGGGCAUCAAUGAGGUUUACUCUAACAAGCCACCUCAAAUCUCAAGCACUUACCACCACAGAACCGUCUAUUCCCUCUCAUGGGGCCCUCCUGUGCCGCCCAUGUCUUUUGGGGGAUCAGGAGACAAGCCGUCCUACAGCUUAUACAGCUGUGCUGGAGAGGGGGUCAUCUUCCAGCACGACCCAUGGAAACUCUCAGGGGAGGCCAGUAACAUUGACAAACUCAUCCGAGACACCAACAACAUCAAACACAAGAUCCCCCCCCACACAGACCUCAGCUGGAAGCCGGAUGGCAGUGUUUUGGCCAUUGGAAAUGAAGAUGGGUCUAUAGAGGUAUUAAAGGCUCCCAUGCUGAAGCUCUUGUGCACAGUGCAGCAGCAUCAUAAGAUAAUUAAUUCACUGCGCUGGCACCAUGAACACUCGUCUCAGAAUGAGCUGCAAUAUCUGCUGGCGUCCGGGUCCACUAAUGCCAUAGUCUAUGUCCAUGACCUAAAGAGCGCCAUAGAAACUCCAUCAGAGAUUCCAGUGCUGAUGACUGAAUCUUUCAGAACUCUCUCUGGUCACACCAACAAAAUCACCAGCCUAGCCUGGAGCCCCCAUCACGAUGGCCGUCUGGUGACAGUGUGUUAUGAUGGAACUGCUCAGGUGUGGGAUGUGCUGAAAGAAGAGCCGGUAUGUAACUACAGGGGUCAUUCAGGUAAGAAACGUGUUGAGAUGGAGAAAAAGAGAGGACCUCAGAAAAAGUCCAAGAAGAAAAAGGCGGCACCAGAAAAACGAGGGAUGAAGGCGGAAGAAAGGGAAUUGCCUUUAGGUGAAGAAAUUAAAGGAGCAGCAGGCAGUGGAGCAGAAGAGGGCCAAUCAGAAAAUGACAAGGAGGAAGAGGAGAGGGAGAACACAGACGGUCCAUCCGUCACAGGCUGGUACAGAGAGAUCAGUGUGGACACACGUGGCAUUGAGAGGGUUCAGAAUGGAGAAAGGUUCAGUCAUGCAGUUAAAAGGGAGGUCAAAGAGGAGAAGAAAAGAGAGAAAUCAGAUCUGUCUUUAAAAAAGAGAAAGCCACGCUCCAUUCUCCCGCUGAGUACUUCUAUGGAUCACCGACCCAAAGAGGAACUUCAACAGGACUGUCUGACACUGGCAGCUGUAAGAUACUCACAUGGGCAAAGCGGAACAUGUGUUACAGGAUCUGGAGAUCAUAUUCAGCUUGGCCUGUUCACAGACAGGGAUGCCCUCUACAGGAUGUUUCAGGAGGAAGAGGAGAGCCACGUGGAGGCUGGUCAUUAUGACUCAAUGGUGUAUCUGAGGCUGUGGAAAGGAGAUCUGAUUGGAGCAAUAAAUCUUGCUGCGGAGAAAGGAGAACUGACUGACCAUCUCCUCAGUUUAGCUCCAAUGGCUGGCUAUCAAGUGUGGGCCAGGACUGUAGAGGCGUAUGUGAAGCAGCUCUGCCACCACGAGCAGUUCCUCAAAGCAGCAUCACAUCUUGUCUCCAUCCAUAAACUCUAUGAGGCCAUCAACCUUUUGAAGAACCACCAGUUCUACCGGGAGGCCAUAGCUUUAGCAAGUGCCAGACUCCAGCCGGAGGACCCUGUGCUGAAAAAUCUCUUCAUGAGCUGGGCUGCAGUGCUUGAAAAGGAUGGCCAUUAUGCUACUGCAGCAAAAUGUUACCUUGCCGCAGACUCGAACUUUGAUGCAGCUAAAGUGAUUGCAAAGAAGGGGGAUGUGAUAUCGUUAAGGACUGCGGCUAAUCUGGCGCAGAUAUCAGGAGAAAGUGAGCUUGCACAUUCUCUCUCUCUGAGGUGCGCCAAAGACUUGAUGCUUUUCCAGGACUGGGCCGCAGCACAGGAAGUCCUGAGGACACAAGACUCACUUUUAGGUCACAGGCUGGUGUUCAGUGUUAAUGAGAUCCUCACUCAAAGACUGGCAGAUACAGAUGUGGUCACCUGGAGUGUGGCUUCUUCACACACCUGGUCUAAGUCCUGUGAGGAGAACUUCCUUUCCAUGGUGCACAGAGUGUGGCAGAGCGAGUUUGGAGUGGCAGCCACUGACCUGGUCCAAGUGAAAAUGCUCCAUCAACAGCUGAGAACUGUUGAGAAUCCUCCUGCCACCACUAGUGUUCCUCUGAAGCAUCUCUUAUUUCACAUCUCAUUGGACGUGACGCUGUGUGCUUUGAGUCAGCUGCUGUGUGAUUGGCCAUCAGUUCUAGAGGAGCUACUGCAAGCUCUGACUCGAGGUUAUGAGGCAGGACACUUCACACUAAUGGCGGAGAUGUGCCAGCUGCUUGUAACACAAGGUUUGGAGACUGUGACAUUCUACAAACAGAAACUAGACUCAACUGAUGAAAGAAGCUUGGUAAUUUCUCAGAGUGUGGAGGCUUUAGUCUGUUAUCAGCUUAUGUAUAAGAAAUGGUGGAACUACAGUGCUGAAACAUCAGCUUUGACCAAUAACACCAUCAGCAAUGGUCACCGUUUAACAGAGAAGAACCACAGUGAAGUUGAAGCAAACUGUAACGGAGAAGCUCAAUCUGAUGUCAUUUUCUCUGAGGGCUUCUGGAAGGUUCUUCUCUCUGAACCUCACGCCAAUCUUCAGGCCACCCAGAGAGCCAUAGCAGAGAUUCAGAGGAGAGUGACUAGUCUGAUCCAGCAGCACAACCCGUGUAAAGACUCGCAUGCGAGCCCACAAGCACUUAGUACUUCUCAAUCUGAAACUUCAGAGGAUCAGGGAGGAUCUUUGAGUGGGAAAAGCAGUGAAUCUCUCUCUACACUGACUGCCCGGGUUGCUGAACACCACAAAGCGCUUGCUGCCAUUCCUGAGCUUGUCAAUAAAUACCCAUUUCCGGACGUCAUGGAAUGUUGUAUCGUCCUUCUGCACAUGGAAAAACACUUUACUCCAUUUCCACCUCACAUCCACUCCAAAGCAACAACUUUGUUGUGCAAAUAUGGAACUACAGAAUUGCUCUGUAAAGCCUGGAAGAGACUGACACAAUAACACCUAUAGUACUUAGCAUUUUUGAUAUGCAGUUAUUGUUGUUUGAUAUGUAAAAUUCACUUCGACUAAUAAUGUAAUAAAAAUCCCCCACAAUUUACUGUUGUUACUGAAGCAAUCAUUCCUGUAAUUCUGGGAUUACCAAAUGUUAUUUUGUCAGCCAAACCUCUUUGACCUAAAAUGAAGUACCCAAAGAACCACAAGGUUUUAAAUUAAUAUCUCAAUAAUACGUUUGCAUGUUCACGGUUCUCUCUCGGUUAACUGUCACGUUACCAAGUGGUAAAUGUAAAAUAUUUAAUCUUUAUUUAAUCAUUUUUUGUUUUAUUUUGAUUAUUUUUUAUUACACUUUUGUAAUUAUGGUCUUUUCAUCAACAUGCAAACCCCAGUCCUAAACA